AUGAUCAGUCGUAUUAACAUAGUGAAGCUGGGAAAUUUGCUACACAAAUACAAAACCGUCGGAUGUUUUUUAAGAUAUUUCCAGUAUGACUACUUUUACCAGUUUCCAAUAGAAUGUGAAGCAUGCAAAGCGAGCAGAAGCAAAAAUGCACGAGAUUUAUACCGGAUUGUAUUGUCAGUGGAGCGCCCACUCGGUUGCAUGGAGCUGACUAUUGAA